CAAGAGCUGCCUUCAUCGGGGAUCAUGCCCCUGCAGAAACCAGAGCUCAGCACCACACGCCCUUUCACUUACUACAAAAACCCUAGAAAUCUCUCUCUCUCUCUCUCUCUCUGAGAAACAAUGCCUCCGAAAGCUGCGAAAUCGAAGGAAGCACCAGCAGAGCGACCCAUCCUUGGCAGAUUCUCAUCUCACCUCAAGAUUGGGAUUGUUGGAUUGCCUAAUGUUGGAAAAUCAACGCUUUUCAACACGCUCACAAAGCUCUCGAUACCUGCAGAAAACUUCCCUUUCUGUACCAUCGAGCCAAAUGAGGCGCGGGUUAAUAUCCCUGAUGAGCGCUUCGAAUGGCUCUGCCAAUUGUUCAAGCCGAAAAGUGAGGUUUCAGCUUUCUUAGAAAUCCAUGAUAUAGCUGGAUUGGUGAGAGGUGCCCAUGAAGGACAAGGGUUGGGCAACAGUUUCUUAUCUCACAUACGUGCAGUUGAUGGAAUUUUCCAUGUUUUACGUGCCUUUGAAGAUCCAGACAUUAUCCACGUUGAUGAUACUGUGGAUCCUGUGAGGGAUUUAGAGGUUAUUAGUGCAGAAUUGAGGCUAAAGGAUAUUGAAUUUAUGGAAAGGAGGAUAGAAGAUCUUGAGAAGAGCAUGAAGAGGAGCAAUGACAAGCAGUUAAAAAUAGAGCAUGAUGUCUGUGAUAAGGUCAAAGCAUGGCUUGAGGAUGGAAAAGAUGUCCGUCUUGGGGACUGGAAAGCUGCUGAUAUUGAGAUACUAAAUACUUUUCAAUUGCUUACUGCAAAGCCUGUUGUUUACUUGGUUAAUAUGAAUGAGAAAGAUUACCAAAGAAAAAAGAACAAAUUUUUGCCCAAGAUUCAUGCUUGGGUGCAGGAACAUGGCGGUGAACCGAUUAUUCCUUUCAGCUGUGCAUUGGAGAGAAAUCUGGCUGACUUGCCAGAAAAUGAAGCAGCAAAGUAUUGUGAGGAGAACAAUGUACAAAGUGCCCUUCCGAAGAUUAUAAAGACUGGUUUUUCGGCAAUUAAUCUGAUAUACUUCUUCACUGCAGGACCUGAUGAGGUGAAAUGCUGGCAAAUUAGACGGCAGUCAAAGGCUCCUCAAGCUGCUGGGGCCAUCCAUACUGAUUUUGAGAGAGGAUUCAUUUGUGCUGAGGUAAUGAAAUUUGAAGAUCUGAAGGAACUUGGUAGUGAGUCGGCUGUAAAGGCAGCCGGAAAGUAUAGGCAGGAGGGGAAAACUUAUGUUGUUCAAGAUGGAGACAUUAUAUUUUUCAAGUUUAAUGUUUCUGGGGGUGGGAAGAAGUGAAAUAUACAUUUUCACUUGGUCAUUGAGUUGCUUUUAACGAAUUUGACGUUUUGUCAUUAGAUUACUUGUGAGCUUUUAGCACCAAGAGGGGAUGAAAAGAAGUAUAAACACUUGUAUUCCGUUUUGCAGAUUGUAGAAACAUAAGUUUGUUUAAAGUUAUGAGUUUGAUACAUAAAGAAAUUUUUACUGCUUA